AUGUCCAAAACUGAUUUAGAAUUAGAUAUAGAUAAUAGCAGUAAAAAGAGUGACAUCAAGGUUGCCGAUGAGUCAGUUUCAAUACAACAAGGGGAAUUGAGAAAGUCUUUAGGACUCUUCUCCUUGUUAGGGGUUGGUUUUGGGUUAACGAAUAGUUGGUAUGGUAUUUCCUCAUCCUUACAAACUUCUAUCGCUUCUGGUGGUCCAAUUAUUGUUGUUUAUGGUAUUAUCAUCAUUGCUUUCAUUUCCUUAAAUGUUGCCAUUAUGUUAUCAGAAUUCGCUUCCAUGAUCCCAUCAGCUGGGGGUCAAUAUGUCUGGACUAGAGUUUUAGCUCCAAGAAAAUAUUCAUCAUUUUUAGCUUAUAUGUGUGGUUCUUUUGGAUGGGUUGGUUCAAUUUUUACUUCAGCUUCAAUGGCUUUAGCUGUUGCAAGUCAAAUUAUGGGUCUUUGGAACAUUAUGCAUCCUGACCAUAUUACUAAAAAGUGGCAAUUAUUCGUUUUAUACGAACUUGUCAAUUUGGUUUUGAUGUUAUUCAACUGUAAUGGUCAAAUUUUACCCAUUUUAGGUAAUUCGGCUUUGUAUGUUUCAUUAUUUUCCUACACCGUUAUUACUAUCACUGUUUUAGUAUGCGCUAGAGGAUCUUACCAACCCGCCACUUUCGUUUUCAAAGAUUUUGAUGGCUCAGCUACUGGUUGGACUGGUGGUAUUGCUUUCAUCUUGGGUUUGGUUAAUCCAAAUUGGUCAUUUUCUUGUUUAGAUUGUGCCACUCAUAUGGCCGAAGAAAUUAUGGAACCAGAAAGAUUUAUUCCUAUGGCAGUCAUUGGUACUGUUGGUAUUGGUUUCGUUACUUCAUUCACUUAUUCAAUUUCAAUGUUCUUUUCUAUUCAAGAUUUCCAAGGAAUCUUAGACUCAACAACCGGAUCACCUAUUUUAGAUAUUUAUCAUCAAGCUUUAGAUUCUAAAACUGGUGCUGUUUGUUUGGGUGUUUUAUUGUUAUUAACAGCCUGUGGUUGUACCAUUUCAUCUCACACUUGGCAAGCAAGAUUAUGUUGGUCUUUUGCUAGAGAUAAUGGAUUACCAUUUUCAAACUAUUUAAAGAUUGUUGAUCCAAAAUUAAGAAUCCCAAUCAACGCUCAUUUAUUCAGUACAGUCAUAGUUGCCAUUUUAGGUGUUCUUUACAUGGUUUCUGAUACCGCUUUCAAUUCAAUGGUUAUUGGUACCAUUACAUUCUUAUUAUUAUCAUAUUCAGUUCCAAUUCUUUGUUUAUUAUACAGAGGUAGAGACAAAGUCAGACAUGGUCCUUUCUGGUUAGGUAAAAUUGGUAUGGUUUCAAAUAUCAUUUGUUUGUUAUGGACUGCUUUCGGUUUAGUCUUCUAUUCCUUCCCAACUUAUUUACCUGUUACCGCUGGCUCAAUGAAUUAUAUUUCAGCCGUUUAUGGAAUCUACAUCAUUUUGACUUUAGGUUUCUGGUGGUUCCCUUAUAAGCCAUGGAGUUGUAGAGAAAACUUUGCAGGUGGAUUGGGUAAUUCAGAAGAAUUAGAGUUCCCUGACGUUUGUCUCGAAGAUAUAUAG